AUGCGACUCCAGAUACUACUCCAUCCGCAGUUGCGGGCCUCAAUCCCAAGAUGUGCACAGAGGGAUCUGUGCAGCCGGCUCGUCACCCGGUUCAAAACCACUCACACUCGCGCCUCCCAGAAGCAUGACCAGGUGUCUCUCAAGUCCAAAGACUCCGGCCCAUCAUCCGCACCUUCAAGAGUCGCAGCGGUCAGAAAAGGACAACCAGAGAGGCUAUUGGUCUACUAUGGAGGGACCGGCCGGGCCAUGUUCCUAGGGGUGCUUCGCGUCACCACGAUCCUCCUCUUCGGGGCAGCCUGUUUAAUCGUGGCCCCAGCUUGCCACGAGUCAGGUUAUCCCUGGUAUACCACGCCAGCAGUAAUCGCGGGCGGUACUUUACCCAUGCUUUUCGUUGCAUACACCUCAGCACCCUACGUCAACUUCAUCCACCUGGCACUACCUGCCUUUGCACGCAAAACCCGGGAAACAGCAUUCCACUACGCUAAGGACCUGCCGCCCACGGCUAUCUUGUAUAUCAACACCAUGAGAUUCAACACCAUUCCACGACAGACAUCAGUGCGGAUUGGGGACCUCAUCCCAGACCACGAUCCGAUUCGGCCUGUUGCUUUCCGGAAUCUCUGCCCGGCCCCACGGCCAUGGUGGGCAGGGCGAUCUCCUACGCAGUUCUUCGCUGCUGAGAAAAGUCAGCCGGGGAGGCAGUCUUCGGUGUUUUAUCCUGAGUUGUGGCCGCAUAUUCAUCGGCGCAUCAUGAGCAAUACGCGUCCGUCAUCUAAAGUCUAA